AUGGUUAUGGACAAGCUAACCCAAUAUGAACGUGUGUUCAAUCACUUUGAUGAAAAUGGAGAUGGCAAGAUAUCAUCGUCGGAGCUGCGGCAAUGCGUGACGGCCAUCAGUGAGGAGUUAUCGGUGGAGGACGCGGAGGCGGUGAUGGAGUUUAUAGAUGUGGACGGCGAUGGGCUGGUGGGGUUGGAUGAUUUUGUGAGGUUUGUGGAAGGAGGGAAAGAGGAAGAGAAAGUGAAUGACCUAAGAGAGGCUUUCAAGAUGUAUGAAAUGGAUGGGAGUGAUUGCAUCACACCAAGAAGUCUUAAGAGAAUGCUUAGCAAGUUAGGUGAAUCUAGAAGUAUAGAUGAGUGUCAAGUUAUGAUCUCUCAAUUUGAUCUUGAUGGAGAUGGUGUACUCAGUUUUGAUGAAUUUAAGGUCAUGAUGAUGUAA